AUGACUCUUUUUUCAUCAAUUUCAUCAAUUUCAAGCUCAAUUUCAAGCUCAAAAUCAAGUAUUGCAUCAUUUGGUAAUGGAACAAGUAUGGGUUCAAAUUCAAUUGCAUGUGGUGGUGGUUGUGGAAGUGGAAAUGGAUUUGGUGGUAUUUUUAUUGGUGCAAAUAUAGAUUUAACAGGUGGCGCCAGUACAAGUAGUGGGGGCAGAGGUGGAAGACCAGGUCGUGGACAUGGUGGGCCACAUGGUCAUGGUCGUGGUGGUUCUGGUUCUGGAAGCUCAUGUGGUUGUAAUUAG